AGUGCUCCGCAGUGCCUUAGCACCGGCAGACGACGCGAGCCUCACGUGCUGUCCAAUUUACGAUCGAAUUUUCCGCGAAAUCCAACACGCUUACUGAAGUUUUAUGUUCACGAAAACUUCAGUUCUGUGGAAUUGUAGCGUUUUCCCGGUGAAUUUCUCAGUGCCUUACCGGAAAGAAUUUUCCGCGCCUAAUUUAAAAACUUUUUGAAGUUUUAACGACUCUGGGAACAUUGCUGUACAAAAAUUUUGAUGUGGUUUCGUUACUCAGUUAAUGUAUAGAGUGGUUUACGUUAAGAAUUUUCCGCGCCUUUGAAGUCGAUAGGUAUUUCCUCUAAAAGAGAUUAAAAUUACAAAAUAAGACUUAUGACGAAUCUAUCUACUCACUAGUUUUUCGGACCUGUAUGAGAAGUGCCUUACAAAGUGAAGUAUUUUCACAAAACCAUUGGCAAAACUAUUUGGAAAAUUAUAACGGCUCUAGCUUUUCAAAAGAUUGACGCUUUUUAAGAGAUCUGAUUCUUGGAAAUAAGUUUGCCACAAUUCUGUUUUUGAGUUUUGGUGUUGGUGUGCAUUAGUGCAAGUAGUGUAAAGUGCAAGUCGGUGUGAAGUGCAAACGGAUGGGAUGUGGUGAUGCCCAGGGGGCGAUGGCUCGGUCUCCGAGGAGGAUAGCGGCGCAGCGUAGGAGUCGCAGCCGCUCGCGGGAGCUGACCCGGCUGAAGACUCAGCUGAAUGGAAAAGGUGGGAUUCCAGCCAAUGGUGAUUGGAUGACGAUCUCGGCUCGCUCGCCGGACGAGGAGCCGUCGCCGCCCAAGCAGAUCGAGUUCGCGGAGCCUCUGCUGGCGUCGGUGCGCGCUUACCUGGCGCACGAGCCAGCCGCCAAGCGCCUGGCCGCGCCGCCCGCGCCCGCCGCCUGCCAUGCCGACAUCGUGAGCUCGUCGGCGCGCGAGGAGGUGCGCGGCAUCGACUUCUCGGCGCUCGCGCGCAAUGACCUGAACAACAACGCGUCGCGCCGCCGCGCCAUGCCAUCCGCGGCCGAGCUCAUGCAGCGCCAGCCGCUGCUGGCGCGCGCCAAGCCGCCGCCCGACGACUCCGACCCCGACGCGGACGCCGCGCCGCGCGCCGCUGACUUCGUGGUGGAGAUCCCGCCGGGCGCCACGCGCGAGGAGCGCUACCCCAAGGAGGUGUGGAAGACCAUCGUGGCCUUCGUGUUCCUGUUCCUGUGCGUGUGCGUCAACAUGAUGUCGCUGUCGCUGGUGCACGAGCGCCUGCCCGACCGCAACAGCACGGCGCCGCUGGGCGACAUCGUGCUGGACAACGUGGCGCCGCGGGACUGGGGGCUGGCCGUGUCCGAGUACCUCAUCAUGGCGUCCACCACGACGGCCAUGCUGGUGGUGGUGUUCCACAAGCACCGCUUCAUCGUGGCGCGCCGCGUGUUCUUCAUCAUCGGGCUGCUGUACCUGUACCGCUCGGUGACCAUGUUCGUGACGGUGCUGCCCGUGUCCAGCACCACGUACUUCUGCAGCCCCAAGAGCAACGGCACGACGCCGCUGCUCAUCGUGCGCCGCAUGUUCUACCUCAUCUCGGGCUUCGGGCUGUCCAUCAACGGCAAGCACACGUACUGCGGCGACUACAUCUACUCGGGCCACACCAUGGUGCUGGUGCUGAGCUACCUCAUCGUGGCCGAGUACUCGCCGCGCAAGCUGUGGCCCGUGCACUGGGCGCUGUGGGGCGCGGGCGCGCUGGGCGUGGGCUUCGUGCUGCUGGCGCACGGCCACUACACCGUGGACGUGCUCAUCGCGUACUACAUCACGACGCGCCUGUUCUGGACGUUCCACGCGCUGCUGGGCGCGCAGCCGCGCGCCGGGCCGGGCGCCAUGCUGCAGCGCGAGUGGUGGUUCGCGCUGUUCACGUACCUGGAGCGCAACGUGCGCGGGCCGGUGCCGCGCCGCUACGACUGGCCGCUGCCGUGGCCGCGCAGCAAGCUGUUCAGCCGGCUGAGCUAGUGGCGCGCGCCGCCGAGCCGCGUGUGACGCACCUUCUGC